AUGGCUGCCGGUUUGAUGAUGAUCAGCUCAAUUAUCUUCAUCAUUUUUGCUUCCUUGUGGACUUGCCAUGAUGCUGCAAGUGACACACUCAAACCAGGGGACACUCUCAAUUCCUCAAGUUCCUUAGUAUCUGCAUCGGGAAAGUUCAGUUUGUAUUUCUAUGUAUAUAAUGAUGGUUCCAACAACAACAGCUAUCUAGCUAUCCUGAACAAAGAAGCUCCAAACAAUGUAUGGAUUGACCCUAUUGUCAUUUCCUCUGCUCCACAAACUAGUAAUAUUAGUACUAGUGUUGUGGCUACCCUUUUGGAUUCUGGCAAUUUUAUACUGCAAGAAGUGAACUCUACGGAUGGAUCGACAAAGCAGGUUUGGUGGCAAAGUUUUGACUAUCCAUUUGACACAUUUUUACCUGGCAUGAAGUUAGGUAUUAAUCAUAAGAGUGGCCAUCUUUGGUCGAUGUCAUCAUGGGCUACUUACAACAACCCAAUGCCAGGGCCAUUCACUCUUGAUUGGGAUCCCAAUGGACACCAAUUGCAAAUCAGGCGACAGGGGGUGCUUUAUUGGACUAGUGGAGUCUUUACAAGCAGUAGUAAAACGUUCGAAUUUAUUUCGGCUGAGGAGUCCAAGCUGAGGUAUAAUUUUAGUGUAGUUUCAAAUGACAAAGAAGACUACUUCACUUACACUGCUGUAGAUCAUGAUCAAAGUGAUCAGGAACCACAAUGGGUGCUAACCUUUAUGGGAAGAUUUCAUGACGGAUCCUUUAAUUUCACACAAGCAGAUAACUGUGAUGGCUAUAACACAGGUGGAGGGUGUGUGAGAAGGGAUCGGCCAAGUGAUUGCAUGGCCAAAUUCAAUGAUGAAUUUGAGCUCAAAAAUGGUUACUUCAAGAUCAACAACUCUAGUAAUAGUUCGAGAUCCCCAUCCUGGUUUGGCACUAGUAGUAGUGAUUGUAAGGCUACCUGUUGGCAAAAUUGUGAUUGCCUUGGAUUUGACGUUCCACUUGCUAAUGGGACUAGCACCGGGUGCCGAUUUUGGAGUGUAGACUGUCAAUUCUUUGAAGACCUCACUGCAAGUAACAGUUUUGUCUUGUCAGGACAUGCAACACCAGCAAAAUCACCAUCUGCCAAAAAAAAUGGACAUAAGUGGUUGUGGGUUGGCAUUGCUAUUGCUGCUGCAGUACUUGUAGUGGUGUUCUGCAUCUAUCUGCUAAGAAGAAGAAUAGUUUCAGGCAAGAACAGAGCAAAUAUACAGAACAAAAUGCUUAGCUUCAUGAAACAUUCCAACAGACCUACUGAUGAAGAAAAUAUGGGACAGCAUGAUUUAAACAUAUUUACCUACGAAUCUGUCUUGGCUGCCACUUGCAACUUCUCUCAAGAAAACAAGCUCGGAGAAGGGGGCUUUGGACCUGUUUAUAAGGGAAAAUUAGCAAAUGGACGAGAAAUAGCCGUGAAGAGGCUUUCAAAAUGUUCCGGACAAGGAACGUCAGAGUUUAAGAAUGAAUUGAUACUCAUACAUGAACUUCAACAUAGAAACCUUGUUCAGCUCUUUGGAUUUUGCAUUCAUGAAGAAGAGAGGAUGUUGAUAUAUGAGUACAUGCCAAACAAAAGCUUGGACUACUUUUUAUUUGAUUCAAUCAGAGGUGUGCUACUAGAUUGGAAGAAGCGUUUCAAUAUAAUUGAAGGAAUCACUCAGGGAUUGCUUUACUUGCACAAGUACUCGAGAACGCGAGUAAUUCAUAGAGAUUUAAAAGCUAGUAACAUACUACUUGAUGAAAAUAUGAACCCUAAAAUUUCCGAUUUCGGUAUGGCAAGAAUUUUCUCCCACGAUGAAUUGGAAGAAAACACCAGCAGGAUUGUCGGGACACGUGGUUACAUGCCACCUGAGUCCGUGGAGGGAAUUGUUUCUGUAAAAUUUGAUGUCUACAGCUUUGGGGUGUUGAUGCUUGAAAUCAUAAGUGGGAGGAAAAACAACAGCUUCUACAAUGAUGACCGCGCACUCAAUUUAGUAGGAUAUGCAUGGGAGUUAUGGAAACAAGGUUCAGGGCUAGAAUUAAUGGAUCAAAUGGUAGGUGAUUCAUCAUGCAUUGAAGAUCAAUUGUUAAGAUGCAUCCAUGUUGGUCUGUUAUGUGUAGAGGAAGAUGCAGCCGAUAGGCCUACCAUGUCAGAUGUGAUUUCUAUGUUGACAAAUGAAAACCCACCAUUAGCCUUACCUACAAAGCCAGCAUUUUUUGUUGGGAGGAAAUUGGUGGAAGCUGGUAUAGGUGAAAAGCAACAUGAAAUUACAUCAGUGAAUGACUUGUCCAUUUCCAAUUUUGAUGCACGUUAA